AUGGUCGGGUUACUGUUCGGAGGGUGUAAGUGUGACUCUCGACCACUGAGAUGGGCUUUACUGUUUCUAUCUCUCAGCCAUCAGGCUUCUUCUGAAUAUUUUUCACUGAAGGUUGAGUCUCCAGUCUCAGGGCUCCUUGGUUCCUCUGUGUCUCUGCACUGUGCUGUCACCAACAACAUGGAUGUUCGACCUCUGGAAGUGCGCUGGUACCGUCCUAAUAUGUAUGACACACCGGCUCUGUUCUACAAGGACGCACAGAUCCAGAAAAGUCCUGUAGAUGUUCAGUACCAGGGCAGAGUGUUCCUGUUAGGAGAUCUGGGGAAAGGAGACGUCUCUGUGAACCUGAAGAACCUGACACUAACAGAUAGAGGAAACUAUGUGUGUCAUGUUAGUAGUGCUACCUGGUAUUAUGAGGCCAUAGUGUCCCUCAGACUGAGAGUGGUGGGAUCCACUCCUGUUCUCUCCAUACGUGAAGCAGGAGGAGGGAAGGUGAAUGUUAGCUGUCAGUCACAUGGUUGGGUUCCUGAGCCAUCAAUCACCUGGACACAUAAAGAUGGGAGAGAUCUGAAACAUCUCAGUAACGACAAGUUCACCAACAACUCUGUAGGGACUGUAGAUGUGAGCUCGUGGCUGAUUGUGUCUCCCUCUGAGUCUGAGUGGAUCUCCUGCUCUGUGGGUUUGUCUGAUCAGGAGAGAAAAGAAGACAGAAUAAUGUUACACGUCCCUGCACGUGACACAGAGUCGUUGACUGGAUACAUCAUCAUCAUCAUCAUUCCCGUUCUUCUGGUGCUGUGUGUCGUCGGAAUUGCAGUGUAUUGUGUGCUACGUAAAAAAGAUGAGAACAGUAUUAAGUGUAACAGUACGCCGUCCUGA